CAAUCUCAAGCUUGUCCAUUGUAGGGUGUAUAUUCUUGACAUACAUCUACUACGUAGAAAUUGCUCGGCACAGCAACCGUCGUGGCAAAGCUGGCGCAAAAGAUCAGCUCUCGCCGUGUAUAGCAAAGCAGGUCAUUGCCGCGGUCAAAGGGGUGGAGACAACGCCUGAAGAAGGACUUUUGAAUCUCAUCAGCGCAACUUGACACGAAGCAUAAACUCUAGAGGGUCCUAGAAUCGCUACGAAUGGAUUCGGUCAUAUCAUAUUUGAACCGGUAAACGCUUAGGACAACCGUGCAACAGCUACGAAUCUAUACCCGGUCGAUCUACUCAGAUGAAGCGAUUCUUCAAGCCCAAAGGGCCGACGGACCCGACCCCGUUCCCCUUGGAUCCACCGGCAGGAUCGUACGAAUCUUUCGCCCCAGCUCCGGCUCCUCCACCUGCUCGAUCAAGCGAACCUCUUGCCAGCGCACCAGGCUCAGCUCCGUUGCUCCCUCCGAAACCAGCUCGUUUCCUGAACCUCGGUAAUAAUGCAAAGGACAGCGUUACUCCUUUUCCACUAGCACCCGCUUCUGCGCCUUUGGGAGUAUCUGGUAAUGGGCAGGGGGAUCGAGCUCGAUCGCACGGAGACCUGGUAUCGAUGGACAUUGCUCGCGAGCACGAUACGAUCGGAAAGGGACCGCCGCCGAGCGAGACCAAGAUCAGUCGGAGGGUCAGCAUGAAGGGAAGCGAAGGGAGAGGGAUGUUUGGAUUCGCUAGGAAAGAUAAAGAGAAGGACAAGGAAAAGGAAAAGGAUCGAGAGAGGGAAGCUGAGCGAAAGAAUCGGCCUCGAAGAGGAUCGGAGCAGCCAGACUUUGCAAGGCCUGUGGGAACCUUUGAGCCGAUAAGUUCACGUAACUCUCAGACAGAGCUACACCCGGGCCCACUCGAGCAUAAUCCGCAUUUGCAUGCAGGAAUACGAUCUGCUCCACCCAUUCCGGUUGUCAGCCAGUAUCAAUCAGAACCGUAUUCCAGCUAUGUGGGCGAUCAACCACCGGCAUCUCAGCAAUAUGGUCAUCCGUAUAUUCCACCAUACGCGCCGCAAGCCCACCCACACAAUCAUCAUCGUGAAAGGCCGUCGAGAGAUCUCGAUCCCGAGCGAGACGACCCAAAUCAUCUAGGCAGGCCAGUCGCACUCUCGCGACUGACCAGCGAUGUAUCCGGGAAAAGCAGCCCUGGCAUGGACGCUUUCAGUGGAGACGAUGCGGAACUCUUACUGUCCAAGAGCCAUGCAUCUGGCACGUUCGAAGAGAGAGCCGCGUACGGAAGGGAGAGGGGAAUGAGCAACGCCAGCGGUCGACUUGAUGAGCGAAUAGUGCCAGGACGUGAACGAGGCGGUAGCAAUGCUAGUGGCAGAGCUUCACCUUAUGGCGGUGCCUUUUUGCAACCUCGACAGGCUGGACCUCGCGGUCCGAUGGGAUCGCCAGGACUGCCAAAUGAUCACGUCGCAGGGGACCCCCGGCUAGCAUCGAGCGGUCUCGGGCAACCACAACUGUACCAAUAUCAGCAACAUAAUUCCCGCGAGUCGGAAUCUUCGGCUGGGCACUAUACAGCGCCGCAAAGCCUGGCCGUACCGUCCGACGGUCAUGGUCUCGCACCGAGACGGUCUGGCGAAUCUGCUCGAAACGCGAUCUGGUCAGAAGGAGAACGAAGCGGUAGACCAUCGAUGGACGCAUCACACGAGGGUAAGGGAGGGUUGAGAGCAAUGUUCAGUCGAACGCCCCACAAGGACGAGCAUGAAGCAGAAGUCGACGAAGGCAAGCGAAAGAAGGGUUUCUUUGGUCUGGGUGGCAAAGGAAAGGACCAUCAUGACGACAAGGACAAGAGCAAAUUCGGUCGCAAGAUCAGGAAGAGCGAUGCAGAAGCCGAGUUAAACCGAUAUCCCCAAGACGAUGGUGUUCCGCCGCUCAACGUUUCGACCCAAGAGUCUGGAGAUUGGACACACGUCGGCCUGAAUCAAGGUAGGGCUUCGCCCAUGCCUGGCUAUCCACCAUCUUCAAUGCCAGCUACACGUGUGGCUAGCCCAAUUCCACCACCACAGCAAUCAACAGCCGUGUAUCAUGCUCCUCAAUUCGUCGCGCAUGAAGUCAGCAGGAAGGAGCGUGAAAAGGCCAUUCGUGAAUCUCAGGAGCGGACCAAGGAGUUCCUUAAAGCCGAGAAGAAGGACCGUGAGCGAGCGGAAAAGGAAGCUGCUAAAGCGGAGAAGGAGGAGCAAAAGAAGCGAGGCGAAUAUGGUAGCGUGACAUGGUCUAUAAACGAUCUGUGCGAUCGAGCUCAGGCGCAAGAGUACCCGCUGAUCUUGGAACUCUCCGAUCGCAUCGCUCAAUCCAACGAGGACGUCGGCAAGGAGGCGGCUCGCGCUAUCCGGAAAGCCAUCAAGUAUGGGACCAGUGAGAAUGGUGGCUUGGAAGAGGAGAGGAUCAUGGCCAUGAAGAUUUGGCUCUUAUGCUGCACAAACAGUUCUGAGAGAAGCGAUCUCCGAGGUCAAGCUACUUCCAAGCGAUUCCUGCAAGCUAUAGAGCCGCUGCUUCUGCCGGAAAAAGACAAGCAGAUACUGCGACAAGACGGUUACGACCGACUACGCGAUACGGUAGCACACCUCAAUUUCCACUUCGGUCACGUCAAGGGCUCGGAAGGUUUACGCGAGCUUUGGAACAAGAUUAAAAUAGCAGAGGAGCCGGAGGAGGGUUAUCCAUUGGCACCCAGCAAUCCAGUUUACACGCCGACAGAUCGACUUCUCCGUCAAUCGCCCAACGCGCAUAACGAUCGGAGUCUAGAACAGCAACAGCCAUUGACAGCCCGCAGCCAGCCGUCAUUCUUGGCCGGAAUCCCCAACGAGCAGGAAGACCUGACCAAGCUGAUGCGUGAAGCCUUGACAUGCAAGGAACAUGCUCGGGUCCUUCAGUCCGCUCUGGCUCAUGUGAAGCCGAGUAAACUGGACUCUGAUCCGAUCAUCAAGGAAUUCUAUGCGACCUGCGUGCGUGACCAGGAGUCGAUGGUAUCCCAGAUGGGUUGGGCAAAUGCCCAAGCGGAGAAGGCGCGAGAAAAUCGAGGUCUCAACUCAGCAGGACACGAUGCGGGCUUCGAAGCCCAGAUGGAUAACCUGAACAUGUCAGAUGACGGACCAUCCUUCCCUGAGCGCGUCUUCCUGGAAGUGUUAGCAGCCAGUGAUGAGCUAUCUCAGGCACUCAAGCUGCAUGAAGAAAUCGAAAGGGACUUCCGUGCCGAUCGAGAAAUGCGAUAUGUUCAGGAAAAGAGCAAGACCGAGACCAGGAUGAACCGCAACUCGUUUGGUAACUGGCCCGAGAACUCGCUAGGGGUGCCGCAAAUGGGUGGAACAGCGAGCUCUUCACACUCACGUUCACCAUCUCCGUCUGAGCCGCGGAGAGACUCCGAACCAGCGGUAAACUACACGUCAUCCGUAUCGCAUGACGAUCACAACGACCGACUCCGACCUUACGCAGACGGCUCGGGUACCGGUCGAAGUCCCACACCAGAACUGUCAAACGACUUUUCCGCACCACGCUUCCCAGGCGAGGGCCGGUCUAGUUCGCCCACGCGGAUCGCCGGAAAGGUACAGGGACCGCGUCCGAUAGUCGAGUCGAUGAGAAAGAAUCAAUAUCCUAGCGACAACAGCCUGCGAUCCUCCCAGGCUCACGGUCUAGCCGCAAACAACGGAACGGGCCGGUCGCCCCUCACACUCGCCAACGAUUUCGAUCGCAAGCCGGACGACGAUGAGGAUCGACCGCCAGCUAAGCCGAGUGCCAAAGCUCUAGGUAAACGUCGAGCUGUCGUGCGCGCCGAUCCCGACUUUGACCCUGAUGACAUCUUCAAGAGUGAUGAUGCGCCAGACAAACGCUCCACCGAGGGGAGUAUGGAGGACAGCGUCCGGCAAUACUGGGAGCAGAAACGACCGACUCAAUACAUCUAUGAUGCCGCGCGGGAGCGUCAAGAUGCCCGCAGAGAGAACGAAGCUUCCGCCAAACUCGCUCAGCCGAUUCGUACAUCGAGUUUGCACACCUCUGGUGGCGUUCGAUAGUCCCGGCUUUCUGCAUUACAUACCCGCUUCUAUCUUGCUCAGAUAGUCCCCAAACGAGGUUAAUACCGUGCGUCUUGAAACAGGGUGU